AUGACGGCCGAAAGACUGAGUUCCGUCGGAUUCCGGCCGUAUGAUGUCAGGCAGAUCUGGGACAUAUUUUACGGGACUUCACCACUACCACAGGCGAACGACGGGGUUCAGCAGCACCGGUUGGCGAAUACGAUGAUAUUGAGACAUGCCGCCGUCAAUCAUGACUUCAGCGUACUCCUUGUCACAUACCUUGUUGGGGGGAAAGGGUUGAAUGUUUUUGCAUUCGUGGUAGAUGUAAUUACUUGGAGGAUUGGAGUGCAAUUGCGAGUAUUUUACAACUUUAUCUUCGUGUGCAACGACCGCCAUCCAUGGGCUUUCGACUCCAGAGGAGUGAUAAGUGUGCUUCACGAGCCGAUAUCAUGGUUAACAUAG